AUGUCGUCUUCCCAUGUCCCGCCGCCGCCGUCGUCCUCGUCUUACGGCAGCGGCGGACGCGGGAUGGACAAGAGGGCUGCUCCGGGCCCGUCGCCCGCCGUCAACGACGCCGUCCUCACCCCGACGUCGGCAAGCACCAUCUACACCUCGCCCGACUCGUCGCAUCAUCAUCAGUAUAUCGUGGCAAAGUCGGAGCCCGACGACGGGGCCAGCAGCGCCGGCAGCAGCGUCACCGCCGACGCCUCGUACUCGGGGCCCGCCAAGAAGAAGCAGAAGCGCAACAAACCGACCCUAUCUUGUCACGAGUGUGUUGAGCGCAAGACGAAGGCAAGUGCAGUGCCCUUUCAUUCAUUCAUCUCAACCUGA